GCAAGAUCGACAUGCAGCUCAAGCUCGUCCCCGGCAACUCCGCCGGCACCGUCACCGCCUACUACCUGUCGUCGCAGGGUCCGACGCACGACGAGAUCGACUUCGAGUUCCUGGGCAACGUCACCGGCGAGCCCUACACGCUGCACACCAACGUGUUCACGCAGGGGCAGGGCCAGCGGGAGCAGCAGUUCCGCCUCUGGUUCGAUCCCACCAACGACUUCCACACCUACUCCAUCCUCUGGAACCCCAAGCACAUCAUCUUAAUGGUGGACGACAUGCCGAUCAGAGACUUCAAGAACCUUGAGGGAAAGGGGAUCGCCUUCCCCAAGAACCAGCCGAUGCGCCUCUACUCCAGCCUCUGGAACGCCGACGACUGGGCCACGCAGGGCGGCCGCGUCAAGACGGACUGGUCCCACGCACCGUUCUCCGCCUCCUACCGCGGCUUCAAGGCCGACGCGUGCGUGGUGACCGCAGACGGCAAGCCGCACUGCGGCGCCAGCGUGGGCACGGAGGUCGCCCCCGGCACCGGCGCGGCGGGCGAGUGGUACAACCAGGAGCUGGACCUGACGCGGCAGCAGCGGAUGCGGUGGGUGCAGAGCAACUACAUGAUCUACAACUACUGCACCGACCCCAAGCGGGUCGCCAAGGGCGUCCCCGCCGAGUGCUCCAUGUAGCCCCAUAUGUCCACCCAGCAAGCUAGCAUUGGUCCGUCCGUGUAUACGUCGACCGCCGGAGAAAGGGAAGAUGGGGGCGUCUGUAUUGUAUGAUAAAUAAGGACUGGUGUGGAGUAUAAUGUGAAAUGUAGCCACGUCUUUGUCACGCUCACGCUCACGCUCACUUGGUGUGUAAUAUAUGCCUCAUCUUGUUCUUCUUCA